UGUAUCGCAAUUGGCGCCAAAUCCAAAACAGGAAAAAGACAAAACAGAGCAAGGAAAUCAAUUAAUAAACUUCGGUUUAUUCAAUAUUUACGAUCGCUUCGGUAUUGUUGAGGUACAAAGGAAGUCAACAGGCAUUUGAGAAUGGCAUUUUAUUGCCCUAAAGUGCGACACAGAAUUGGCGAACCGAGUUCUUAAUGUUAAGCACGGUUGUAAUUUAAUCCGCUUUCCGUUGCAAGUCUUAGAAUUCAGGCUUCUUUAUCGACGAAGGAAAGCGAAUAGCUGCUUGCGAGUCUUGAAAAUCCAGAAAAUGGGGAUCGUUUCAGCCAUUCUUUGCAUGUCACUGACAGCAACAAUUGGCAUUUUGAUGCUGGUACUUUCUUGUGCUUACAGUGGGUUCCAGACUGCUAAAGGCUCAUGUUGGAUUCUUUUUAUUGUUCUGUUCUAUAUCCUUGUUCCUGUGCCUGUCAUUAUUUUGCAACGUCUGAAAAUGAUCCUGUCUGCUGUUACCAAAGACGAAAAUUUUGCCGGUUGGGUGAACCAGCACAAGCAUGCCAUAUUGGAAGCAGAUUUUGUUGUGCAUUGCCUUUUGUUUUUCACAUCAGGGAUGAUAAUUUCUUCAUUUGCCUUUCCAGUUAUAAUGGCUAGAGCACAAGUGAUUCAAUGGGGAGCCGUUGGCACUGUUGUUGUUGGAAACAUCUUCAUUUUUGGUACCAUGGCUGCUUUUUUGAAACGCAUUGAUGAAUGGGAACAUACUGUCCUACAUUUGAAUGUUGACCUGAAAAUGUACCCUAACGGCAGAAGUGCAAUCUUCGCAAUGUUUAAGGAUAUCGUGAAGCAGAAAACAGAUAACAGAAAGGCAUCUACAACCACCGUGUGAUAGCCGACAUGUGUUUCCUGCAGAGAAGCGAAGGAAAGCCACCAACAGUUUUGCCUUUGUAUAUCAAGGUCUUAUGACAGUCCCGGCUGAAAUAGGAAAACUAGUCCCCGCUGGCAAGAUAGCAUUCUGAUCUGGGGUUUAAAGAUUGGAAUCGUCAAGAACUUCAAAAGAAACAAUCUUCUGGGGCCGUUCAGGCUGCGCACGAGCGAGCAAGUCAGUUCAUUUCUCGUCAUUUUAAAUUCUUGGAUCGAGAAAUCAGGCUUAAGCACAUACUAGUAUUUGCGUAUAGUAUUUCAAUAGUUUGAAGGUGGCACGUAAAUGCAAAAACAUAACGAAUUGUACAAGUAUCAAAUAUAAUACAGAACCCAAAGCUAAUCAAGAAUGUUAUCUAGCUGCAGAGCGUGAGAGAAAGAAUGGUGCAUGGGGUAAGCUUCUUAUUUUCAACCAAUCAGCGACCGCUAACCCCUCACCUAGUUGGAAAGUCCAAGUGAAAAAACGAAGUCUUCCUACACAAGUUUUGAUGUAAACAGGUUCCAAAUCACCUAAACAAUUGGGCUCUGAACCGAGCAUUGAAAUUAAGCUUUAUCCAAAUUGUUAUCCAAAUAUGAGAAAUUAAUUUGUUACUUGUCCUUUUGCUUUGUCCCUGUCUUUUUUGUUUGUUUAUGAAUAACCAAAAUGAUCUCUCGCUUCCUUUUUUCAAAUUAUUUCAAAACUUUUACAUCAGUUAUACAGUCUGAUUUAUGGCAAGCUUUAAUGGUGAUACUUUAUGACUCAAAAGUACACCUUGCAUCAUUGUUUGAAAUCUUCUCAGUAUGCAGGCCUUUAGAACAAAUUGGCUCCGUUAAUCAAGCCAUCUCUUCUGAAAAACACUAUUUGAUUAUUACCUUUUACUGUAAACUUGAGUUACGUCCAUCCUACACAAAUACAAAGUGGAUUUCAAUAUCAACAAUCAAUUUGACUACUGUUGAAAUUAAGGUGCUGCAAAAUGAUACCUUGCGACAAGUGUGAUCUUUUUCGGUUACUUAACCAACUGAGAGAAUAUCUCCUUGAAGAAGUUAUUUUAUAUGUAAUUAGGUUUCCAUCAUUUCUUUUUGUUAUAUACCGUAAAUUCUCUUUUAGCCCCCCUCUCAAUAAAGCUCCCCUCACUUAUUAGCCUCCCUUUUCAGAAUGAAAUAUUUAAUUAGUCCCCCCAUCUCAAUUUAGUCUCCCUCCCCAGUUUGAUGCUGAUGCUUCAGCAGUAAACUUGACAAAAACAGAGAGUUACAUCAAAUCAAAAUUCACACCAUGUCUCUUCUAGUCACGACAGGUCCGAAGCCAAAGAUUUGAUGUGCAUUAAGCACGGGACAUGCGAGAGCCUUUUCCCAAAAUUAAGGCCGUUGGUACUCUGAAGGAUAAAGCCGACUUUUUUCGAAUGCUCGAUUUCGGAAAGGCGACAUGGCCCAAGAAGAUAUUUUAGAAUUAAUAAUUGACGUUUUUAUUUCACCAAUAACAAAAAAUUAGUUUACCACUAUAAAAGGUUUUUUGUUACAAAAUAUUUAUUAAGCCCUCUCUCUCUCAAUUUAACCCUCUUCUCUUAUAAGCCCCCCUUUAAAGUGCUGAAAAAUAAUUAGCCCCCGCGGGCUAAAAAGAUAAUUUACGGUAAACUCGAAUGUUGCUUUUAGUAUUCUUUAUAUAAAUGUAUUCUUUUUUAUCAAUUUUUAUCUAUUUUCAAGCAAUUUUAAUAAGUAUAUUGUAAGCAGUGGAAUUUCAGGAAUGUGAACGUGCUUAAAAAAUCAAUCAACACUUGGAAAUGGUCACACACUACGUCCAGCCAUGAUGGUAUUCAUGUGAAAUGUUUAAAUACGAGAAAAUGAAUAUUAAUUUUUUACAAAAUAAACAUUUUCUGCUUCAUUCUGUGAUAUAAUUUUUAACAAACUACCAACUACAAGCUAAGAAUAGCGAUAGAUUUCUUAGGUGUGACGUCAUGUAAAAU